AUGACCGCCCCCUCUGCUUCCGCACGCAAGGCGUUGAGCAAGAUCGCAUGCAAUCGGCUGCAGAAAGAGCUGGUGGAGUGGCAGGUGAACCCGCCCGCUGGUUUCAAGCACAAAGCCACUGAUAAUCUCCAAAGAUGGGUGAUUGAUGUCAGCGGUGCCCCGGGUACUCUCUACGCAGGGGAAACUUAUCAGCUUCAGGUUGAUUUUCCUGAGCAUUAUCCGAUGGAAGCUCCUCAGGUUAUCUUUGUUCCUCCAGCUCCUCCGCAUCCUCACAUUUAUAGUAAUGGCCAUAUAUGCCUAGAUAUUCUGUAUGACUCUUGGUCCCCAGCUAUGACUGUAAGUUCAAUUUGCAUCAGCAUUCUAUCUAUGUUGUCAAGCUCCCCAGUUAAGCAACGUCCUGCCGACAAUGAUCGUUAUGUAAAAAACUGCAAGAAUGGGCGGUCUCCCAAGGAGACAAGAUGGUGGUUCCAUGAUGAUAAAGUGUGA